UAUGAUGACUUGCCUGACACUUUCGAAUGGCGCAAUUGCUAGUUAUUUAGCUUAUUGGCCUCUCUUCACAAAUGACAGCUUACAUGAUCGAGGCUGUACCAACUCAGAGUACUCUGAUUUGCUCUAUUUUUUUUGUCCAUUUCCAGAAGUUUGGAGAUCCGAAUAGAAAAACCCAAUGAAGUUCCCAUCCAUUAACAACAUCACACUAUGCAGAACUGUAAAUCUCGAGUUAUGAAAUUUCAUGGGGUGCAGAGGGUGUGGGAAAUGAGUAUGAAAAGAGGGAUUAGCGGCAGCCCUUGUUCAUGGAAGCCCAUUUCUGACAAAGGACGAAUGCCGCUGCAUAAGCUUAGCAUUGAAGGAGUUAAUGAUAUUAUUGCCGUUGCCUCUGGGAAAGGGGGAGUGGGCAAGUCUACCACCGCAGUGAACUUAGCAGUUGCUCUUGCUGUUACGUGUAGACUGAAAGUGGGUCUCUUAGAUGCUGAUGUAUAUGGGCCAUCUAUUCCUACAAUGAUGAAGCUUCAAGGAAGGCCUCAGGUUACAGAAGAUAUGAAGAUGGUGCCUAUGGAGAAUCAUGGGGUUAAAUGUAUUUCAAUGGGAUUCCUCACGGAAAAAGAUGCUCCAAUUGUAUGGAGGGGUCCUAUGGUGAUGAGUGCUUUGGAGAAAUUAACAAGAGGUGUUGCUUGGGGGAAUAUUGAUAUUCUAGUAGCUGAUAUGCCUCCUGGAACUGGGGAUGCUCAAUUAUCAAUGUCACAACGUCUACAAUUGUCAGGUGCUGUUAUUGUAUCCACUCCUCAAGAUAUUGCCUUACUGGAUGCACGAAGAGGUGCCAACAUGUUUCGAAAAGUUGAAGUUCCGAUACUGGGACUGAUAGAGAAUAUGAGCUGCUUUAAAUGUCCUCACUGUGGUCAAGAUUCAUACAUUUUUGGAAAUAAAGGAGCUCAACUGACAGCUCAAGAAAUGGAAAUGGAAUUCCUUGGAGAGGUUCCUCUGAAUACAGAAAUCAGAGAGACAUCAGAUGCAGGAAAUCCUAUAGUUGUGGCAUACCCUGACUGCGAAGCUUCUAAAGCGUACAAGAGAAUUGCUGGCCGUAUUGUAGAAAAACUGUAUGAGUUGAAAACUAGUAAGGUAAGCACACCACAGAUCAUAAUCUAGUGAUGAUAAGAAAUCUGAGAAGUCUUUGAAGAUGCUUGAGGUGACUCUGCAGAAGCCUACAGUUUCCAUGCCAAUGAUGUAGUUCAAAAUUCAAAUGCAGCCAGCUUGGACCAAUCUCUUGACCAGUUUAUUGAAGGACUUGGGACUUCAUUCUGUUUCAUAUACUUUUACUAUGAUCGCUGCUAUAGCAGUGAAGUUACACAUUGCACCGCAUGGAUUGAAUUAUGCUGAUAGUUCUUUGUAGUGGUGAGCUGCAAUUCAUAAUAGUAUUGUUGCACCCACCUAAAUCUGUUGACAGACAAUACAUGAAGGAAUAUGUAUAUAGCCUAAAUGAGUCUUUAGAUAAAGCCAUCCUUUAUUAUCGUUAAUGACUUUAAAGUGAAAGACCAAUGACAUGUUUAUGCGAGUUCUAUUU